UCUCAGUUUGUCUUCAGAGGGAGGACAGUCCGGAUCAAACGGGGAGGUUUUGCCUUCGCAUCUGCGAAACGGGAUCGAUUGUUCCUGAUGUUGGGGAUGUAAACACUGGCCGUCCAGGGCACUGAGGGGCCUUAAAAGUUGAAUUAAAUCCGUAUUAUGUUGGACUGAUAACGGUUUAGAGUUGUAGGCUACUGCGAUUUCCUGACUCAUUUCGCUCGCGGCUGUAAAGUUUGGUCCUCCAACCCUCUGACAGCUGCUGUGUGGAAUCAAACAAGACCAAGAGGAGAGUAGAUGGGAGCGGAGUGAAGUGGAAUGCUCUGCCGUCGGCGCGUCUCUCUGUGUCUCACUUGUUCUUUCCAAUCGUCCGAAACUCCGGCAGAUUUACAAGAUGUGGUUUUAGCUGCUGGACUCGGGUCGAGAGUUCGGAUUCUCACUGUUGGAUCUACAGGAUGCAUCAUCACCUGAACCCACACUAUGUGCAAGCUGAAGAAAAUUGGAUCCGUUUGACAAGUUUAUUUUAAUCCCGAAACACGUCUAUAAACCUUAGGCUACGAAGUCUUCUGAGGCGCAAUGAUUUUAACAACUUUUGUCAUGAUACUGUCCUUCCCGGACUCAGUGUUCACCUUGAAGGGUGAGGGCAGCUCGUCCUCCCGGCCCGCCCGGCCGGACUGCGUAAAGGCCAGUGAACAAUGUCUGAAGGAGUCCAGCUGCAGCACCAAGUACCGGACGAUGAGGCAGUGUGUGGCGGGCAGGGAAAACAACUUCGGCGCGGUCACCGGUACGGAGGCGCAGGGCGAGUGCCGCAGCGCGAUAGAUGCCAUGAAGCAGAGCACCCUCAAUAACUGCAGGUGUAGAAGGGGCAUGAAGAAGGAGAAGAACUGUCUCCGGAUCUUUUGGAGCAUAUUUCAGAGUUUACAGGGUAAUGAUUUGCUAGAGUACUCUCCAUAUGAACCAGUCAAUAGCCGACUCUCAGACAUCUUCCGUCUGGCCCCCAUCAUAGCUGUUGAGCCUGCAUCUACAAAGGAGAACAACUGUCUGAACGCUGCCAAGGCCUGCAACCUGAAUGACACAUGUAAAAAAUACCGCUCAGCUUACAUUAACCCCUGUACUAGCAGGGUGUCUGCUUCUGAGGUCUGCAACAAGCGCAAAUGCCACAAGGCCCUGCGACAGUUCUUUGACAAGGUUCCAACUAAAUACAGCUAUGGGAUGCUGUUUUGCUCCUGUCCAGCGGGGGAUCAGACAGCAUGUGCAGAACGCCGGCGGCAAACAAUUGUACCCAUCUGCUCCUAUGAGGAUAAAGACAAACCUAACUGUCUGUCUCUUCAGAACACAUGCAAGACCAACUACAUCUGCAGGUCAAGGCUGGCAGACUUCAUCAGCAACUGUCAGCCAGAAUCUCACUCCAUAUCCGGCUGUCUGAGGGAGAGCUAUGCUGACUGUCUGCUGUCUUACUCAGGUCUUAUCGGUACAGUGAUGACACCUAAUUAUGUGCGAUCCCUUGGUCUUACCCUGUCACCAUGGUGUGACUGCGGCAGCAGUGGGAACAGCAAGCCAGACUGUGACAAAUUUGCAGAGUUUUUCACCAACAAUCGAUGCCUACGUAAUGCCAUCCAGGCAUUUGGCAAUGGCACUGAUGUUGGAGUUUGGCAACCCCAACCCCCGAUUCAGCCUACUGUACCAGAGCCUAGCAUCACUCGGAGGGGAAAAGAACGAACCAAUAAUGCAUUGGACACACUGACAGACAUGACCAAACUGGAUCUUGAUGACGACUCAUACCACAUCUGUAGGACCUCACAGGCCCAAAAACUGGUGUCAAAUCUAACAGUGGAUACUGCUCAAUGUGUGAACCAUCACCUGGAUGAGUCUAGUGACUCCACUGCCAUUGCUAGAAACUCAGCAGCUGAACUCUCAAGCACGCACCUGGCGUUAGCCUUUGCAUUAACGCCAAUAGUAUUACGGCUUGAAGAUUUCCAGCUUUUGUAGGAUCGGAGGACUGUGGAUCAACCCACUUCUCUCAAAGUGGUUCAACUCAUUUUGAUUUAGACAUUUGCCAAAGUGCGACACCUACAUUUUCCUUGAAAUGGAAAUGAGAAAACGCAGCACCGUAAGAGCACUGAAAUCAUAGACAACAGUGGAUUAUUAUUAUCUGAGGAGUCCAUGUUUACUGUGGCUGAGAUAUCAGCUCAUUCGCCUUUCAUGCCUCGUGGGCGCAAUUUGGUGACUCCAAGAAUCAGAUUCACUCUGAGGAACACUUAUUUUUGGGGGGGAUUUAAACCCUGUGAUCUGAUAAACAUGUGAAUAAAUUCACUUCUUUGAAUGUGUUGCAAUCAGUGCACAUUUGACUGAAUGGACUGCAAAUAUUCUUAAAAGUAUUGAAAGAGGAUCAUAUUCUGCAUAACUGUGCGCUAAUUUGUCCACCCAAUAAACAAAAUGAAAUCUAAUUGUUGGUAUAAAAAGGUGCUGGUCUACAAUAUGUCAAAAGGGACAGCUAAGAAAUUUCAUAGACACACUGUAUGGAAUAUGAUUCAUAAAACACUUUAACUCAUUUAAAAUCCAAUAACAUUUUGUCAGAGUUUCCUCAAAGGACAAAGACAUAUCAGCCAAAC